AUAUGCGCCCAGAACUUGAAGGAAAUAUAGAGAAUUGCGAGUGCCCCAGCUAAGCGAGUUAUCGAAAUAUGGCAGGAGAGCGCGCCUCGAACCACUGGUGGGCAAUUUUUGGUUCAAUUGCAAUCCUGGCCCUGGGCAUCACUAUUCUGGUAUUCGGCUGUUCGGUCCUGAAAAGCAGCAGCAAUCCUUGGAUCAGUCUCAUGAUGAACGGUUCUGUCCAAUUCGCAGGCGGGAUAGUGGCCGUCGUCGCCGGAGUCGAAAUGAUCCUGUGGAGCUGCGGCGGCGUAGAAGAGAAGAAUAAUAAUGUUGCAUACCGUACCAUGGGACUGUUUAUAAUUCUUUUAUUGGCAGUAGCCACGCUUUCGUUAAGCAUUCUGAUGAUGCAAGACUCCAAACACUCAGGCUCCCUCGAGAAGGCGCCCAACCGGGGUUACGUCGAAUACCGUUUCGAUUCAUUCUCUUCCAGGCUCCGCGGUCGGGUUAGCGAUGUGCAUCGGUGGAACGGAAUCGUAGCUUGCCUCGGCAUUGCCGACGGCCCCUGCGCUGACUUGAAGAGCACGCCUUUCCAUUUCUCCUCCGCUAAAAAACUUUAUGCCGCAAACCUCUCCCCCUUACAGUCUGGAUGUUGUAUUCCUCCACGGAGUUGUAACUUCACUUUUGUGAGUCCAACAAAAUGGACACCGGCCAUCAAUCAGACAACGGCUCUGGGCAGUGAUUGUGCUAGAUGGAACAAUGACAAACACAAACUUUGCUUGGAUUGUGACUCUUGCAAAGCAGUACUACUACUUGGCUUCGCCGACAAAUUUAAAAAGCCAUCUACAGCUCUGGUUGUUUCCUCUGCGAUCGCGGUUACUGUACUGUUUCUAAUAUUAAUUGGUGUUUGUGUGGCUUUGGUUGUUUCCUAAUUGAUCAAGUUUCGUACUUUCAAUAGAAAAAAAAAUCGCGUUUGGGGAAUUAUUAACAUAUAGUCCUAUUUAUGCACUUUGAAUAACUUUUGAUCCUAUAUUGUGUAAUUACUAUUUAUUCAUCCAACUGAUUUCCAAUUCUCCAAAAAACGACUAAAUUUUCC